AAGGCCACAUCUUUCAGUAGGCUGCAAGCAGCCGGCGGUCGCGCACGAUGCUUCCCGCGCUAUGACGUCGCCACGCGAUCGCCGUGACGACGAUAAUGUCGAAUUAUUGCCUUUAAAAUCUGUGUUAGUGAAUAAUAAUUACAAAGAAGAUGAAGCAUAUUAUCCACCGACGCCUGCCUUCCAACCUCAUCCGUCGACUUCCAAUCUUUAUGAGUACACUCUUCUUUCAAAGAGGACGCCGGUCUCAAAACGUUUACUGCGGGCUUCUCAGCCGGCGCCAACGCCUCUGCUGACGCUCUGCGGAGCGCCGCCGCCGUCCCGUAAGCGCGAGGAGUUAGCUGCACUUGCCAACCUCAGAAAGAAAGUCGCACCCGCCCUCCUACAUCACGACAGGCAUUCAAGAAACGAUGACCACUCGAAAGAGGAUGCUAAGCCAGAACAGCUCGACAACAGGCCCAAGCUAUUACAAAAGGUGCUGCGAACGAAACCCGUGAGCAUGGUUGUGCAGUGGAGCGAGGUGCGGACCGCGUGGCAGGACAGCGACUUCAUCACAGAAUGCCUGUGCUGGCACAAUGUAUACAGGCAGAGGCACGGCGCCCCACAGCUCUACAUGGCGCCGGAGCUGUGCGACUACGCCCAAGCGUGGGCCAAUCAUCUCGCCCAUACUAACAAGUUCCACUAUCGCAACGAUCGUGACGUCGGUCAAAACCUAUACCAACGACCCGUCAGCGCACUGCAGCCAGAUGUUACUGGUCAAGAGGUGUCAUCGUACUGGUAUGCGGCAGUUCGACAAUACAACUUCUUCAAGGAACCAGAUGUGCUUCACGCCAAUGUUAAUGCAGGUCAUUUCACGCAAAUGGUGUGGGUUGCAACACGUUUCUUUGGCGUGGGCAAGGCGAGGUCCCGCGCUGGUAAGGUCAUAGUCGUCGCAAACUAUUCGCCACCGGGCAACAUGUCUGGGCAAUUCGAGACAAACGUUUUGCCACCACUGCCCGACAACCUACCCGAGUUAGCUCCGCCCCCGGUUCACUGACGACAGUUUUCAAUACGUGGCAGACGACUCAGAAUCGAUGCUACGUAUAAUAAA